UUGCAGCAAGGAGCAAAUAAUGCAGAAAAAUUUGACUAUGUGAUGCAGUUUAUGAAUAAAAUGGCUGGUAAUGAGUAUGUUGGAUUCAGUAAUGCUACGUUCCAAUCCGAAAGAGAGAGUGGAGAUAGAAACUUUGCAAUUGGCUAUUACUUGAAAGAAAAAAAGUGCUUUCCUGAAGGCACAGAUAUGGUUGCUAUACUAGACUUUUAUUUUCAGCUUUGCUCAAUAGAAGUCACAUGUGAAUCAGCAAGCGUGAUGGCAGCAACUCUGGCUAAUGGUGGCUUUUGCCCCAUCACUGGUGAAAGAGUACUGAGUCCUGAAGCGGUCCGGAAUACCUUGAGUUUAAUGCAUUCCUGUGGCAUGUAUGACUUCUCAGGGCAGUUUGCCUUCCAUGUUGGUCUUCCUGCAAAAUCUGGAGUUGCUGGUGGGAUUCUUCUGGUUGUUCCUAAUGUCAUGGGCUUGAUGUGCUGGUCGCCUCCUUUGGACAAGAUGGGCAACAGUGUUAAAGGCAUUCACUUUUGUCAUGAUCUGGUUUCUUUGUGCAAUUUCCAUAACUACGAUAAUCUGAGACACUUUGCAAAAAAGCUUGAUCCUCGCAGAGAAGGUGGUGAUCAGCGGGUGAAGUCUGUGAUAAAUCUGCUGUUCGCUGCCUACACAGGGGAUGUGUCUGCACUCCGGAGAUUUGCUCUGUCAGGAAUGGAUAUGGAACAAAGGGACUAUGACUCACGGACAGCCCUGCAUGUAGCCGCUGCAGAAGGACAUGUGGACGUUGUUAAAUUCCUAUUGGAAGCGUGCAAAGUGAACCCUUUCCCCAAAGACAGGUGGAAUAACACUCCUAUGGAUGAAGCUUUACAUUUUGGACACCAUGAUGUAUUUAAAAUUCUUCAGGAAUAUCAGGUCCAAUACACGCCAUCAGAGGAUUCCAACAACGGAAAGGAGAACCGAACGGUUCAUAAAAAUCUCGAUGGCUUACUAUAAUCACCUUCAGCUAGAUCCUAAGAAUCAAAUCACUUGCCCAUUUAAUUGUGGUAUGCAUAAGUAAUGAAGAGCGUGUGUGUUUCUAUCUGAUAGUGGUAUAUAUUUUACAGAAGUCUCUGUUACUUCAGUGUUGUUACAGGAGUUUCUAUACGCACAGGACAAAUCCAAUCUCU